AUGUCGGGGGCGUCGCCACCACGGGAAAAAGAAAAAUGGGUGGACUUGCAGGCCGAAUUAGGCCUACCGGGCGAACCCCGGGGAGGACCGGAGGAGAAGUUGGUUCUGGCGGGCGGCUUUGCAGUCUUCUCUACUUUUUGCCUGCCUUCUUCCCCAGGUCCAGUACGAGGCAUUGACUUCCAUAAGCAGCAGCCACUGUUUGUCUCUGGCGGAGAUGAUUAUAAGAUUAAGGUUUGGAAUUACAAACUUCGGCGCUGUCUCUUCACAUUGCUUGGACACUUGGAUUAUAUUCGCACCACGUUUUUUCAUCAUGAAUAUCCUUGGAUUCUGAGUGCCUCAGACGAUCAGACCAUCCGAGUGUGGAACUGGCAAUCUAGAACCUGUGUCUGUGUGUUAACGGGGCACAACCAUUAUGUAAUGUGUGCUCAGUUCCAUCCCUCAGAAGACCUGGUUGUAUCAGCCAGCCUGGACCAGACUGUGCGCGUUUGGGAUAUUUCUGGUCUAAGGAAAAAAAACUUGUCCCCUGGUGCGGUGGAGUCAGAUGUGAGAGGAAUAACUGGGGUUGAUCUUUUUGGAACUACGGAUGCAGUGGUGAAGCAUGUCCUAGAGGGUCAUGAUCGUGGAGUAAACUGGGCUGCCUUCCACCCCACUAUGCCCCUUAUCGUAUCUGGGGCAGAUGACCGUCAAGUGAAGAUUUGGCGCAUGAAUGAAUCAAAAGCAUGGGAGGUUGACACCUGUCGGGGCCAUUACAACAACGUAUCUUGUGCUGUCUUCCACCCUCGCCAAGAGUUGAUCCUCAGCAAUUCAGAAGACAAGAGUAUUCGAGUCUGGGAUAUGUCUAAGCGGACUGGGGUUCAGACCUUCCGGAGGGACCAUGAUCGUUUCUGGGUCUUAGCUGCCCACCCCAACCUUAACCUCUUUGCAGCAGGUCACGAUGGUGGCAUGAUUGUGUUUAAGCUAGAACGGGAACGGCCAGCUUAUGCUGUGCAUGGCAACAUGCUACAUUAUGUCAAGGACCGAUUCUUACGUCAGCUGGAUUUCAACAGUUCUAAGGAUGUAGCUGUAAUGCAGUUGAGGAGUGGGUCCAAGUUUCCAGUUUUUAAUAUGUCAUACAAUCCAGCAGAAAAUGCAGUCCUGUUGUGUACAAGAGCCAGCAAUUUAGAGAAUAGUACCUAUGAUCUAUACACCAUCCCCAAAGAUGCCGAUUCGCAGAAUCCUGAUGCCCCUGAAGGGAAGCGAUCAUCAGGCCUGACAGCCGUUUGGGUUGCUCGAAAUAGGUUUGCUGUCCUAGAUCGAAUGCAUUCGCUUCUGAUCAAGAAUUUGAAAAAUGAGAUCACCAAAAAGGUACAGGUGCCCAACUGUGAUGAGAUCUUCUAUGCUGGCACAGGCAAUCUUCUACUUCGAGAUGCAGAUUCCAUCACACUCUUUGAUGUACAGCAGAAACGGACUCUGGCAUCUGUGAAAAUUUCUAAGGUGAAAUAUGUUAUCUGGUCAGCAGACAUGUCUCAUGUAGCACUACUGGCCAAACAUGCCAUUGUGAUCUGUAACCGCAAACUGGAUGCUCUAUGUAACAUUCAUGAGAAUAUUCGUGUCAAGAGUGGGGCCUGGGAUGAAAGUGGGGUGUUUAUCUAUACCACAAGCAACCACAUCAAAUAUGCUGUCACCACUGGGGACCACGGAAUCAUCCGAACUCUGGAUUUACCCAUCUAUGUCACACGAGUAAAGGGCAACAAUGUAUAUUGCCUAGAUAGAGAGUGUCGUCCUCGGGUACUCACCAUUGAUCCCACUGAAUUCAAAUUCAAACUGGCCCUGAUCAACAGAAAAUAUGAUGAGGUACUACAUAUGGUGAGGAAUGCCAAACUAGUUGGCCAGUCUAUCAUUGCUUAUCUUCAGAAGAAGGGCUAUCCUGAAGUGGCACUGCAUUUCGUCAAGGAUGAGAAAACUCGCUUUAGUUUGGCACUGGAGUGUGGAAACAUUGAGAUUGCUCUGGAAGCAGCCAAAGCACUGGAUGACAAAAACUGCUGGGAAAAGCUAGGAGAAGUGGCCCUGCUACAAGGGAACCACCAGAUUGUGGAAAUGUGCUAUCAGCGCACCAAAAACUUUGAUAAACUUUCCUUCCUAUACCUUAUCACUGGCAACCUGGAGAAACUUCGCAAGAUGAUGAAGAUUGCUGAAAUUCGGAAGGACAUGAGUGGUCAUUAUCAGAAUGCCCUAUACCUGGGUGAUGUGUCAGAGCGAGUGCGGAUCCUAAAAAACUGUGGGCAGAAGUCCCUGGCCUAUCUCACAGCUGCUACCCAUGGCUUAGAUGAAGAAGCUGAGAGCCUGAAAGAGACAUUUGACCCAGAGAAGGAGACAAUCCCAGACAUUGACCCUAAUGCCAAGCUGCUCCAGCCACCUGCACCUAUCAUGCCAUUGGAUACCAAUUGGCCAUUAUUGACUGUGUCAAAAGGCUUCUUUGAAGGCUCCAUUGCCAGCAAGGGGAAGGGAGGAGCACUGGCAGCUGACAUUGACAUUGACACUGUUGGCACAGAGGGCUGGGGAGAGGAUGCUGAACUGCAGCUGGAUGAAGAUGGGUUUGUGGAGGCUACAGAAGGUUUGGGGGAUGAUGCUCUUGGCAAAGGACAGGAAGAAGGAGGUGGCUGGGAUGUAGAAGAAGAUCUGGAGCUCCCCCCUGAGCUGGAUGUACCCCCUGGAGCAAGUGGUGGGGCUGAAGAUGGGUUCUUUGUGCCCCCAACUAAGGGAACAAGCCCAACUCAAAUCUGGUGCAAUAACUCUCAGCUUCCAGUUGAUCACAUCCUGGCAGGCUCUUUUGAAACAGCCAUGCGGCUCCUUCAUGACCAGGUAGGGGUAAUUCAAUUUGGUCCCUACAAGCAACUGUUCCUACAGACCUAUGCCCGAGGUCGUACCACCUAUCAGGCUCUGCCCUGCUUGCCCUCCAUGUAUGGCUACCCUAAUCGCAAUUGGAAGGAUGCCGGGCUGAAGAAUGGUGUGCCAGCUGUGGGCCUAAAGCUUAAUGACCUCAUCCAACGUUUGCAGCUGUGCUACCAGCUCACCACAGUUGGCAAGUUUGAGGAGGCUGUGGAAAAAUUCCGUUCCAUCCUUCUCAGUGUGCCACUUCUUGUUGUGGACAAUAAACAAGAAAUUGCAGAGGCCCAGCAGCUCAUCACCAUUUGUCGUGAGUACAUUGUGGGCUUGUCCAUGGAGAUAGAAAGGAAAAAGCUGCCCAAAGAAAGUCUAGACCAGCAGAAACGCAUCUGUGAGAUGGCAGCCUAUUUCACCCACUCAAACCUGCAGCCUGUGCACAUGAUCCUAGUGCUACGUACAGCCCUCAACCUUUUCUUCAAGCUCAAGAACUUCAAAACUGCUGCCACUUUUGCUCGCCGUCUCCUAGAACUUGGGCCCAAGCCUGAGGUGGCUCAACAGACCCGAAAAAUCCUGUCUGCCUGUGAAAAGAACCCCACAGAUGCCUACCAGCUCAAUUAUGACAUGCACAAUCCCUUUGACAUUUGUGCCGCAUCUUACCGACCCAUUUACCGUGGAAAGCCAGUGGAGAAGUGUCCACUCAGUGGGGCCUGCUAUUCCCCUGAGUUCAAGGGUCAAAUAUGCAGGGUUACUACAGUGACAGAGAUUGGCAAAGAUGUGAUUGGUAUAAGGAUCAGUCCUCUUCAGUUUCGCUAACGCCCCAUUUGUGUGGGAAGCAGAGGAGUCAAUAACAUAUUCUUCCUUCAAAGAAUUAGUCUUUGAAGUCUCUAUACCUUUCUCCUACAGCCACCCUUAAGAUUAUUGAUAUCUCCUUUUCUCUUCUAUCAAAGAAUAUCAAAACUUGACUUCAUUGUUCAUGAGGACCUCUCCUUUUCUCAAGGUGGUCAUAAUUGUCAUCACAGUUGGACUUGCCUUUCCAGCUUAGAUCUUUUAAAGAACAAAUGAAAACCUGUGAUGGAUAUUUGUUUAGUAAAUUCUUUCAAUAUUUAUUCCUCUCCUCCCCACCACCUUUGUUUCCUUUCUGCUGUAAAGGAGCAAGAUGUAAUGAAUAAGAUACCAGUUUUACUCAGCCACACCAAACUCUUAGAUAUUUCCCCAUUUUCCUUGGGCAUUAUAUUCCUAGGCAGGCACCCUCUGUGCUCAGAAACGUGAAGUCUAAGAAGAAAUCAUUUGGCUUUCAAAAAUGCACACCACUUUCCAUUGAUUUGUCCUUUACAACCAUUGUAUUCAUUUUUUUGUUUUCUCACACUAAAUAAAUUUCUACAAUAGCUUC